AUGGGUACACUCAAUGAGAAAACGGUAGACACCAUCGACGUUGUCACACCCGCAGAUGCAAACCUUCAGAGAGAGAGUUUCGAUGAAAAGGUUUCCAUCGACGAUGUAGCGAGGCAACUCAAUGCCACCCCCGAAGAAGUCCUCGAAGCCAGAGAACUUUCACGCUCCCUAUCUCUCGAGGAGACCAGAUCGUCGGCCGAGAGACUAGUGCAACAGCAUGGUCUCGAUCCCAACUUCCCGGCAGGAGCCCUCGAGCGUCUCAAGGAGUUUCUUGCCAACGAAGACAUCCUUGUCAACCCGGAUUCGCACAGUCGUGAAAUCUCAGAGGCCAAGAUCGAAGUUUCUCUGUUGACUUCCAAUAGCCCGUACGCCGAGGUUCGCGCUGUAGUCGACCCGCAUGACGAUGCUAGCAUGCCAGUCGCCACGAUCCGUGCCUGGACUAUCGGUCUCUUUUUCGUCGUCUUCAUCGCUUUCAUUAACCAGCUCUUCAGUGUGCGUCAGCCUUCCAUCACCUUGCGCGCGGAAGUCGUACAACUCCUCGCGUAUCCAGUAGGCAAAGCUGCCGAAAAAUGGCUUCCCGAUGUUGGCUUCACGCUCUUUGGAGUUCGGCAUAGUCUCAAUCCUGGACCGUUCAACAAGAAAGAGCACAUGCUCAUUUCGAUCAUGGCAAGUGUUGGAAAGACUCUGCCGAGUUCCAGAUACAUCAUCUUUACGCAGUGGAUGGACCGUUACUUUGGCCAGAAAUAUGCCAAGUCCUUCAGUUACCAGAUUCUUCUGGCUCUUUCCACAAAUCUGAUGGGAUUCGGACUAGCCGGUCUGUGUAGAAGGUUCUUGGUCUACCCAUCUUUCUGCCUCUGGCCGGCAUCUCUAGUCACCAUCGCUCUCAACAGCUCCUUACACAACGAGGCAAAUCAUCCAGUACCCGGUCCUUUUAAGAAGAUCUACAACAUGUCGCGAUACCGAUUCUUCAUGGUUGCUUUUGCCGCGAUGUUUGUGUGGUUCUGGUUCCCCGAUUACAUCUUCGGUGCACUGUCCCUUUUCAACUGGAUCGCCUGGAUUGCUCCCAAUAACUUUACACUCACUGCCAUUACCGGUGUUAACAAGGGUCUCGGCUUCAAUCCCAUCCCAACUUUUGACUGGAAUGUUGCGACACACGUCGUUCAGCCUCUUGUGGUCCCUUUCCGUGUUACCUUCAACACCUUCAUCGGCGUGUUUCUGGGCGGUAUUACAAUCAUCGGACUCUACUGGACCAAUGCGUACAACACUGCUUACCUCCCUAUCAACUCGAAUCUGAUGUAUAAUCACUUCGGUGGCUCAUACAACGUUUCGAAGAUCUUGGAUGGCAGAGGGUGGCUCGACGAGACCAAGUACCAGGCGUACUCCCCCGUGUACCUCGCAGCUAGUAGUAUCACGAUGUACUACUACUUCUUCGCUGUCUAUGCGGCUACCGUGUCCUAUGCUAUUCUCUAUCAUCGUCACGAUAUUGCACUUGGUUUCCGGAGUUUGUGGCGCAGCUUCAAGAAAGAGGCUUCGACUGAUUUCAAGGAUGUUCAUACAAGGCUGAUGUCCAACUACCCUGAAGUUCCUGAAUGGUGGUACCUGAUUCUCAAUCUGGCCGCCAUUGCUUUCGGUGUUGCGGCAGUUGCUGCAUGGCCGACCGAGACGAGCGUUGGUGUUGUGUUCUUCGGCAUUGCGCUUGCCCUGGUCUUUGUUAUUCCAACAGGUAUUAUUUUCGCUACGACUGGCAUGGAAGUGGAAUUCAACGUCCUUGCGGAAUUCGUUGGAGGUGCUUGGGAGCCGGGCAAUGCCUUGGCCAUGAACUUCUUCAAGUGCUUCGGUUAUGUCACUACGGCUCAUGCUCUUGACUUUGCCAAUGACUUGAAGCUAGCUCACUACCUCAAGAUCCCACAGAGACACACCUUCGCCGCUCAAGUCGUUGCUGUCUUUGUCUCAGCAUUUGUCUGUACUGGCGUUAUGAACUUUCAGAUCAGCAACAUUCCAGAUCUUUGCUCAACAAACCAAAAAGACCGUUUCACUUGCCCUGGCGUAAACACCUACUUUACUGCUGCGGUGCUGUUCGGUAGUCUAGGUGCCCGAAAGGUCUUUGGAUCAGGCGGCAUCUAUACAGCCCUACUCUCAGCGUUCCCGGUCGGCUUUGCACUUCCUUUUGUUUUCUACUACUUCCAGCGCAGAUUUCCUCGUACCCACUGGUUCGCCAAGAUUCACCCAGUGAUGAUCCUCAGCGGUGGCAUCAGCUGGUCUCCUUACAACAUCGCUUACAUGUGGCCGGCCGUUCUGCCUGGGUGGCUGAGCAUGGUGUACCUCCGCCAGCGUUAUCUUGCGUUCUGGUCAAAGUACAACUACGUCUUGUCGGCGGCUUUCUCGACUGCCAUCGCCAUCGCUGGUGUGAUUAUCUUCUUUGCCGUCAGUUAUCAUGGAUUUGAGAUUACUUGGUGGGGCAACGACUCGGAGAGUGGAUGCGAGUCUACGGCCUGCACGCUGCUGAAGCUGCCUAAAGGCGAAUAUUUUGGACCGCGCGUUGGAACUUACGCUGGUUAA